AUGGAGACAACAAGUAAGAUGCCGAAUAACAAUCAUGAAACUCCAAAGAAUUCGCAAUAUUCAAGAUCUGUUGAAUACAAUCACGAACAAAACUCUAUUGUAAUCCAAGAAGUUAUUAUGCCAUUUAACACAGAAGCUAACAUAGUUAUCGAUGAAGAAACAGAAUCUAGCAACAAAAGUUUUCAUUUUUCAAGAGAGUUUUGUGUACAAUUUAGCAUUUCAUUUACUGUAAAUUUGUUGAGUUUUAUCUAUGGAACCCAUAUCGGUUGGAUUGGACCAACAAUUCUGAAAUUAUCUGCAAAUAAUUCUGCAAUACCAUUAACAACAUCCGAAAUAUCAUGGUUGGCUGCCAUGUUGCCACUUGGCGGUAGUUUGGGUCCAAUAAUUGCUGCAAUAUUAGUGAAUACAAUUGGGCGUAAAAAUGUAAUUUUAUUAGCAGCUGCACCAGAAAUAAUUACUUGGAUUCUAAUCGUUUGUUCAAUAAAUAACUAUUAUUUAUGUAUUGCUCAAUUUAUAAAAGGAUCUAUUGGAGGUAUUACCGUGGUUGUAAUACCAAUAUACGUCGGGGAAAUAUCAUCACCACAAUUUCGUGGAAUUAACGGAAUGAUUAUGUCAUCGAUGAUCUUAGCUGGAAUAUUUUUCGAAAUUGUACUUGUACCAUACGUUUCAUUAUCUGCUAAUGCAUGGAUUUCAUCAGUAGUUCCGUUAAUAUUGUUGAUAGCUUCAUUUUGGAUACCAGAAUCUCCUUAUUAUUUUCUAAUUAAAAAUCAACAAGAAAAUGCUCGAAAAUCUUUAAAAGUUAUAAGACAAAAUAACUACAUUGAUAAACAAUUGGAACAUCUGAAACGAAUUGUUGAAGAAGAACGGAAGGAAGUGAAAAAUUUUACCGAAAUAUUUCGGUUAAAAAAUAACCGUGCUGGUGGUCCUCGAUUACAUACAAAGGGUCCAUGUGAUAUUGGUGGUUUUUCAGAAAUAUUUGCAACAAUUAUUUCAUCCACAACAUUAAUUAUGAAUGAUAUUAAAAAAUAG